AUGGCGUCUGCUUCUUCCUUGCUUAGCCUUAGAUGGAAUCCGCUAUUCACACACACCCCACGCCCUCAGAAUCGCACCUCUCUCUUCUCCUCAAAACCUCAACCCAAAUCCAAUUCGUUACGCUUCCAAAUCGCCGUCAAAAACAAACAAUCCGACUCAUCUCCCUCUCAGAGAUUAAACAAUUCAUUUGACCAAAUAGCGAUUCAGAUCAAAAGAGCGUUAGAUUCUCUGAAAAAACCCGCAAUAGCUGCGGUUUUGAUCGGUCUGCUUUUGUUCCACGAUCCUACUAACUCCGCCUUGGCUGCAUCCGGUGGUAGAAUCGGCGGUAACUCCUUCUCAUCGCGAAGCUCUUCCUCUUCUUCCUCCUCCUCUUCUUCGUCGUCUUACUCUGUGCGGACGAGAGGAUCAGAUCAGAGUGGGAGAUUCUCGGCUCCGUACUAUGGACCUUCCCCGUUCAGUGGAGGUCUCUACGUUGGUCCCGCGGUUGGAUUUGGAUUCGGUGGAGUUUCGAGCUUCUCUCUGAUUCUUGUUGGUUUCGCUGCCUUUAUUGUGGUUUCUGGAUUCCUAUCAGAUCGUUCGCAGGGCUCCACGUUAACUACCGAUACUCAGAAAACUAGCGUUAUUAAACUACAGGUAGGGUUGCUGGGUUUGGGGAGGACGCUACAACAAGAUUUCAAUAGACUUGCGGAAAGUGCUGAUACUUCCACAUCCGAGGGUCUCAGCUAUGUUUUAACCGAGGCAACAUUGGCUUUGCUGAGGCACCCGGACUAUUGCAUCUCUUGCUAUUCAUCAGUGGAUGUGAAACGGAGUAUAGAAGACGGAGAGAAACGAUUUAAUCAACUCUCCAUUGAAGAACGCGGGAAAUUCGAUGAGGAGACUCUUGUUAACGUCAACAGCAUUAAGAGACAAAGCUCCAAGAUUCGGACUGCUAACGGUUUCAGCAAUGAAUAUAUUGUGGUAACCAUCUUGGUAGCUGCAGAGGGCAUACAUAAACUGCAGCCAAUAAAUGGAACUGUGGAUCUAAAGGAAGCCUUACAGAAAAUUGGGUCAAUACCUAGAAACAAAAUAAUGGCAGUAGAAGUUCUGUGGACACCUCAGAAUGAUAAGGACACUUUGUCAGAAAGGGAGCUACUUGAAGAUUACCCACUCUUGAGGCCUUUGUAA